UGGCAAUCUCAAAAGAGAUUAAUCAUUCAUUUCUGAGGUAAAAUCAAAGUUAAAAACGAGGCGAACGCUAAAAUUUGAAUUGCACGAAAACGAACAACUCUUCUCUGGUAAAAUGGACAAAGAAAUAUAUAUGGCGCCCCAAUUUUCAUACCGGAAAAAUUAUACACGCAGGACUGCAUUUGAGAGGUCAUUUGCAAUGAUUCAACGUCAUCCUAUUCACAUUCAAAUAAGCAUUUUACCCGAUGUCACUGUUGACAAUGCGUUGAAUAUACGCCGCUAAUCUCAAUGUAUCAAGACCUAAGGCAGAAACAGGCACAAACCCUUUAGAGAGUUCUGCUCGACGUAAUGAAGAGAUUUUCAUUAAAAGGUUUUCUAAAAGAAGAAAAGGAAAACAAGGAGUAUUUGAUUAAGGUUUUAGGAAGCGUGUUAUGUUCCCAUCCAGGUGCUGAAGAGAUUUGUCGCGCUAUUGGCGAGAAGUACACGGCGAGUCGAGGAACAAUUGAUAAAAUUCCUCGUCAAAAUAUGACUAUAUCUUCAAAAGGAAUUCAACUUGAAAAGGGUCUGACUGGAAGUGAAGGUUCAAUAAAAAAAUUCGUGAUUGAGAGAAUCGUGUAUUGCGGUGUGGAUAAACAGCAUCAAAAGAUUUUUGCUUUCUUCUACCGCGCUCCUGAUAAUCUAUAUGGCGGCCUGGAUUGCCACGUUAUUGAAUGUCGCUCAAAGCGAGAUGCCAAACACAUCGCUCUAACGUUCUCCGAAACAUUUCACCAAAUGGCAGAAGAAAAGAAACGGGAAAUUGGGGAAACAUCCUUAGAUCAACUUAACGUCGUUCGCGAAAGGGCAAAAUCCGUGUCAAUGAUGCAACUACACUCGUCGAUUGAAAGUUUAUCCGAGGCUGACAGUUGCCCUGGUUCACCUAAAAUUGAACGCAGUGUAAAUUCUCGUAAACUGAAUUAUUCGGAAUUACAAUUACAUGUGGCUAGUAGAUGUGAAAAUAGUUCUGGUUAUGGCGACUCUUCGGAUGAUUUAACACACAAAAUAAGUUCUAAAACAAAAAGAAAGAAACACAAAGCGUCGUCGUCGGAAAAGACAGUUCAAUUAAAGAAUAAUAACCGGAAAACUUCAGACAUAGGCCAGGUGAAAAUGGAUUAUGUAAAUUCUGAAAUUGCUUGGUCUGGUCAUGUUCAUAAAAAUAAUGAUUCGUCUGAUUAUGGUAAAAAAAUUGAACACGAAACACUUCUCUCGGGGGAAGUCGAAGAAUGGAGUGCACAGAGAAAGGACAGAAACGAUAAUUUAUGUCGAAAAAAAUUCACGAUAAACCACGAGUAUAUGAAUAUGAAAAGAGAGGCACCUGAAUAAAAUUGUACAUUUCGGCAUUUUUUAUU